AAUAUGGCAGGGAAUUUUGUUAACUCUAUUACAUGGCUAUAUUAGGGUUCACACAUGUAGCCAAAACCAUAGUAAACAUUUGUUUGGCUGUGUGCAUUGUAGAGAUGUAUUUUAAAAUACCCUAAAAGCAGGAAGUGUACUCUGGUCACAAUAAUUCAUUAUUAACUAGCCAUUGUAAACAGUUAUGCUGCUGAGAUACUAUUUAACCAAAGGUUCUUUGAAUUUAAUUCCUUACAGCUUUUUCAGCUCAGUAUAUAUACUCUAUACUGCUGUAUUGAUUUGUACUCUGCAUGUGUUUGCUGUGUGUUUGUGGGUCUAUAUAAUUAUACCUGGAGUAGAAAAGAGAAAAGUACAGACGGAGUAUAUACCCACAGCAAUUUUCCGAGAACAUGUACAGCUGGCUGCUACUUGUCUUGUCUCUACUUGCUGUCUCCAGUGCCAACCAAUAUCACAUUGUAUCGGUGAAUUGUACUGAUUUAUGUCAUGACUAUCAAAGUUUCACUCUCGAGCAGCUUGUUCAAACGGAUCUGUUAUCUGGUGCAGAUAAUCUAAUUUUGAGAUUUCUACCUGGAGAUCACGUGUUAAAUGAACAGCUUUUGAUUGGUGAUUUCAUAGAGGUACUGAUUAUCGGCAAUGACGCUACUAUCAAAUUUAAGGGAACUGGUAGUUUGCAGUUAUCCAACAUCAGCAAAUUGAGUAUUGAAGGUUUGUAUUUCACUGGAGCAAGUGAUGAAAAUAUUUCAGUCUUGCAAAACGUUUUAAUCACUAAAUGCUAUUUGGUAUACUUAAGAUUGCUCGAGCUAGAAGCUUGCAGACUCCGGAUCAAUCGUACGGUAGCUGUGACAAUUGAACAAGUUCUCUUUGUGAACAACACUGACACUCACAGAGCAUUGAUUGUUGAAGCUGAUAAUGUGUACAUCGAAAAGAGUGUCUUCUUCAGUAACAAUGGUGGUGCAGUUUACAUUGACUCAGAUAUAACUAUUAUUAAUGGUUCAAGUUUUUAUUCUAAUACUGCUGCAAGUGGUGGCGCAGUGGAUAUGGUCUCUGCAAAUGUGACUAUUAGUUUCUGUAACUUCACCGAUAACAGAGCUUCUCAAUUUGGCGGAGCAAUUAGCGUAUACACAGGACGAGGUAGUGUGUCAUUUUACAACUGUAAGCUACUAAACAACAUUGCUGAGUAUGGUGGAGAAAUAUACGCCUACAAAGGAAGUGUGUCUGUUCACAGCUGCGAUCAAACAAUUAACAUUGCUGAUACUUACGGUGGAGCAAUUUACGCCUACACAGGUAGUGUGUUCAUUAAGAACUGUGAUUUAUCCAAAAACAACGCUAAGUAUGGUGCAGCAAUUUAUGCCUCCGUAGGUAGUUUGAUAAUUUAUAACAGUGAGCUAACAGACAACAUCGCUGACUGUAAUGGUGGAGCAAUUUAUGGCAAAACAAGUGUGUCCAUCUACAACAGUGAGCUAACAAACAACAGUGCUCACUCGGGCGGAGCAAUUUUUGCCUACACUGGUAGUGUGUCCAUUUACAACACUGAACUAUCUAACAACAAUGCUGCUACAAAGGGUGGUGCAGUGGAUGCGUCCUCUGUAGAUGUGAACAUUAGUUUUUCGAACAUUACGAAUAAUAGCGCUUCUCAAGAUGGUGGAGCAAUUUACGCUGACAGUGGUAGUGUGUCCUUUUACAGUUGUGAUCUAACAAGCAACAGUGCUGAUAUUCAUGGAGGAUUAAUUUAUGACAUAAGAGGUAAUGUGUCAAUUUACAACUGUGAUCUAACAAAUAACAGUGCCGAGUAUGGUGGAGCAAUUUAUAACAAUGCUGGCAGUGUCUUGAUCUCUAGCUGUGAGCUAGCGUAUAACAAUGCUAAAAGAUCAGGAGGAGUGAGUUUUGUUUUCCUUGGAGAUUUGGUAAUAUCUUAUAGCAAUCUAACAAACAACAAAGCAAUCCUUGGUGGAGCGAUUACAAUUUUCAAAAGUAAAUGUUCUAUCUCGAACUGUAUUCUAUUGGACAAUGAAGCUGUAAUUGGUAGUGGACAGGCUGUCACAAGCACCAGUAUUGGUGGGGCAGUUUUAGUUCAUGAUGGAAGUAUAUCUGUGUUCAAAAGCAUUUUAACAAACAACAGUGCUGACUAUGGCGGAGCUAUUGUUUCUCUUGAAAGCAAUGUCAUCAUUUCUGACUCUGUGUUUACAAAAAACAGUGCCACCCAACAAGGUGGAGUGAUUGCGGUUGCUAUCUCAACCUUGAUAAUUACUAAUGUAAAAAUGAUUGACAAUUUAGAAGGCGAAGAUAUCAUAUACGCAGUGCAUUCUAAUCUGUCUUUUAUGGGAGUUAACAACGUUAGCAAUAAUACAAAUCCUGUACAUGCUCAAAGCAGUCGAGUAGAAUUCAAUGGACCCACAACUCUUAGUAACAAUCGUGGUGUCCAGGGUGGAGCCAUCAGAGCAGUCCAGAGUCAAAUCUAUAUCAAUGCAGAAGGAGUAGUCAUUACUAACAAUACAGCUAUGUCUGGAGGAGGUGUGUUUCUGAAAGAGAGUGCAUUUUUGGUACGCCAUCCCAUAGAGAUUUCUCAUAACACAGCACAAAAUGGUGGUGGGAUUUAUGCAUACGCAAGUGAAAUUGAAUUUGAUCCACGGCAUACUAUUGGUUGUGAAAGGGAUAAUCAGCAAAUUCUGUGUACAUGUAGUGACAUAAUUAAACUGCCUGAAAGUAUCAUUGAUCAAAACAAGGCUCAAAAUGGGGGAGGAAUUUAUGCAGUCGCUUCAAACAUUGACGUUUUUUCUCACACUUACGUCCACAUUAAGUCAAACUCGGCAAACAGCAAUGGAGGUGGAUUUUAUCUACAGCAAAAUUCCAAGAUUUAUAUUCUGAAAAAAGAAGUGGAGUUCGAACGUGGUAAAACACUGGUCGAACUAGUAAUUUUCAAUAACACCGCUCAGUACGGGGGAGGGAUAUUUGUAGCAGACAGUACCGAUAGUGGUGCAUGUAGAGGAAAGAAUGGAACAGCUGGAGAAGUGACGCAAACAGAAUGCUUCAUUCAAACUCUAAAUCUGCAUGGUUUCAAUACUAAUCUUCUUCAUAUUAUUUUGACUGAAGAAAUCCAGGUUGGGGGAAAUUUACCAUGCCAGAACAGUAAAAACAAUUAUCGUAACACGUUUCUCACCAAUAACACAGCUACCCAGGGAGCAGAUAUUUACGGAGGUCUGUUGGACAGGUGUACAGUGGGUGUAUCAGCUGAAUUCUCUUUAUCAGGCAAUGGAUUGGAGUAUCUGAACAAUACUGUGCUUUUCUCAUCAAUAGCUUCGGAUGCCGUAAGAGUGGAAUUUUGUAACACAAUCAAACAGACCAUUCCUGUUAAAAAGGGACAAAAAUUCGUAGUGAGUGUUAUGGUUGUUGACCAAGUUGGAAAUCCAGUAAUUAAUGCUACAAUUCACAGCUCUGUUAUUACUGAAAGUGGAGUUGGUCGUCUCAAAGAAGGACAGGCAAAACAAACAGUUAGCAAUCAGUGCACAGAAUUAGAGUACAAUGUAUUCUCACAAGACAGCUCUGCUCAAGUGGAACUCUACGCUGAUGGUCCAUGCAUCAACUUGGGAAUUUCCAGACAAGUUUUCAGUGUCUCUUUUCUCACCUGCAAUUGUCCUAUUGGACUCAAGCCAUUUCAGCCCUCGAUUGAGUGCAAGUGUGACUGUGAUCCAGUAUUGCGGCAAGAAUAUCAGAUAACAAACUGUUUCGAGGAAAAUGGGACCAUAAAACUGGAAAGCAAUAUAUGGAUAGGAAUUGCAUGUAAUACUACCAACGGAACAGGUUAUAUUGUUAGUAACUGUACAUUUGACUAUUGUGUACAAAAACCAGUCAACAUCAGUCUAAGCAACCCUGACGAACAGUGUGCCUACAAUCGAAGUGGUGUCUUGUGUGGAGAAUGUAAAUCAAAUUUCAGUCUUGUGUUGGGUACGUCAAGAUGUGAACAGUGCUCAAACAUUUACCUUCUUCUAGCAAUUCCAUUUGCUCUGGCAGGCAUAUUACUAGUUACAUUUAUUCUCGUUUUCAACAUUACGAUAGCAAAAGGUACUAUCCAUGGGUUGAUCUUCUACACCAAUAUACUAGCUGCAAAUCAGUCUAUUUCCAUACCUUUCCAUAAUGCUUUGACAGUUUUCAUAUCGUGGGUGAACCUUGAUUUGGGUAUUGAAACAUGCUUUUACGAUGGAAUGAACUCUCAAGCAAAAGUGCUCCUUCAACUUGUCUUCCCAGCUUACCUGUUUCUACUGAUGUUUUUAAUAAUCAUCUUUAGCAAGUACUUUAACUCAUUUGCAAAGCUCCUCUCCAACAGGAACCCAGUUGCUGCCCUAGGCACACUCAUCCUACUCUCUUAUUCCAAGUUCUUACGGUUUAUCAUUUCUGCACUACAAUACAGGGUCUUGAGUCAUUCUGAUAGUAUGUAUACAACCAAGGUCUCUAGUAAUUCAAGGGAUUUAGUCUGGCUGUACGACGGUAACGUGAAAUACUUUACACCCAAUCACAUCCCUCGGUUUUUUGCUGCCACCCUAAUCCUCAUUGCUGGUGGAUUGUUCACUGUACUGCUCUUCUUUGGACAAUGGUUUUCGAGCUAUUCAAAAGUUAUGAAAUGGACCAAAAACACAAAAUACAUCGGCUUCAUGGAUGUGUUCCAUGCUCCAUUCACUCCUAAACAUCGCUACUGGGUGGGACUACUCCUCUUUGCUUUGAUUGCUCAUAAUAUAGUAUCUGCCAUGGCUGUGGAUACUUCUCUCCCUGUUCUAUCGUGUGGGGUUCUAUCAGUAGGACUGAUCGGCUGGAAAUUACUGAAUAAUCGUAUUUAUAGAGAUACAUUCUGUGAUUCACUCGAAACUCUCUAUCUACUCAAUGUUGCUAUUCUAGCAUUUGGCACCUCCUACGUCAAAGAAACAAAGGGCGAUCAAUCAGCACUAGGCAAUACUUCGAUGGCUUUAUCAUUUAGCUUAGUUGUGAUAACACUCAGCUAUCAUUUUUACCAAUAUGUACUCAAGAAAAGCAAUACAUGGCCUAAGGUGAAGGAUAUCAUAAAGAGUUUAGGAGAUUUUGUUGCAGAUAAGAGACUCCAGCGAGCUAACAAUAGCCGAGAAAUGCACCAGCAAGUAUCUAAUGAAAACGAUGAAGAUGAAUUACUUGAAGCAGUAGACGAUUAUGAGCAAAGAGACUCCGAGUACACUGAUGGAGUUGUGGAAGAAGCUGACCCUGAUUGCUACAUCACUCCUCCCAUAAUCAGACCAGCUACAAGGCCAGACCAGCUGAGACUACCCUACAUGGAUGAACUAUCCCCUCUCACCACAGAUGACUACAAACCAGCCCCUCCCCUUCCAAGGAUUAAUCGUCAUCCAGUUGUUACACGCACAGAAGUUGGCCCUAUACAUAAUGAAAUCUGAACUGUCACUUAUUUACAUGAAUUGGAUAUGUAUUAUCAUGAUCACAUUGCUGAUUCUAAUAUCAGUACUGCUAUUACGAUUUGUGUUGUGAUUGUAAUGUUUAAUAGAAUGUUGCACUAUAAUUAUAGCUG